GCCCCCGCCUCGCCUCGGGAUCCCGCCGCCGCUCCAUCUGCCUUUGCUCCCCCACCCGCAGGCAGCGAGCGACAGCGACGGCGAGGGAUGGCCAAGGCCAGGUCGUUGGCGAAGCAGAAGCAGGCGCAGCAAUCAAACGGCGGCGGCGGCCACGCGCUGUCCUCCAAGCUCGCCCGGUACCUCGACCCGGAGGCCUCCUUGGACAAGGACCAACUGCUGGACGCGGUGCACUGGAUCCGCCAGGCGGUGGGGCUCAUAUGCGGCCUGCUCUGGGGAGCCGUCCCCCUCGUCGGCGCCGUCUGGAUCGCACUAUUUAUGGCCAUCUCGACUGGCAUUAUCUAUUGGUACUACACCUACUUGCUGAAGGUUGACGAGGAGGAAUAUGGAGGCCAUGGGGCGCUUCUUCAGGAGGGUCUUUUCGCUUCAUUCACCCUUUUCCUGCUUUCGUGGACUCUAGUAUACAGUCUGGCUCACUUCUGAGAAGCUCCUUUGGCGCACAUACCUUUGUUCACUGUGCCAGACAGAAAAGACUCACCAGGACAGUGUAGACUAAGGAGCAUUUUAGAACGAGCGUUGUAUCAAAACGGUUCUGAGCUGUAAUGUUAUUUCCCAACCCCCAGUGUAAUCUUGGUGCUAUGGGAUUAGUUCGGUGCUAAGCAGAACAAAAAUGUUGCAUACUACGCGUUUUUCAGUCAAAC